AUGUUGAAGAGGAGGCUGGCCUCCCACAAUGCCCUGCUGCUCCGGGGUCAGCGGCAGCACUCCACCCCGCCCCCGAGGGGAGGGGGGGGCGGCUUUAACAAGCGCCUCUUGUGCGUCAUUAACUCCGUUCCUUCGUCUGAUCCGGCGUCGGGACUGACUCUGGCAGAUACCGAGGCAUCCCGCCGAUCGCACCGGUGGUGGGUCGCCAUUCGGGCCAUGAUGGCGAAGGGGGCGGAGCAAUCAGAGGCCGAGUGUGGGACACUUCAGCACCGCUUUGAGGGAUUAGCCCUGGCUUUGACUACAUGCAGAACGUCCACGGAAGAGAUCGACCUCCUGCGGACCACGGUGAAGGUUCCGGGUAAACGGCCGCCUCGCGCCGUGUCAACAUGCGCCGCCGUUCCCAGCCCCAAGACCAACGGCCUGACCAAGGACAUGAGCAGCCUGCAGCUCGAGACCCCACACCAGGUCGGUCAGCAGCAGCUCGUCACGUCUCAGAUGGCGAGCGGCGUCAGCCUCGUGUCCUUCAAGCAGUCGUGGUCUGGAGGGGAUGCACCAGCGCUCGUACUCCGUCUCCAGCGCCGACCAGUGGACCGACGCCACCGUCAUCGCCACUCCGGAGUCAGCACAGAUACAGGUCUUGGUGACUCCGUCUGCUCCAGUCCCAGUAUCUCCAGCACCACCAGUCCAAAGAUGGAGCCCCCGCCGUCGCCCCACGCCAACCGCAAAAAGCACCGGCGGAAGAAGAGCACCAGCAACUUCAAAGCCGACGGCCUCUCUGGUACUGCAGAAGAACAAGAGGAGAACUUUGAGUUUACCAUCGUGUCGCUGACGGGGCAGACGUGGCAUUUUGAAGCCACUUCGUACGAGGAACGCGACGCCUGGGUUCAGGUCAUCGAGAGUCAGAUCCUGGCCAGUCUUCAGUCCUGCGAAAGCAGCAAGAACAAGUCGCGUCUGACAAGCCAGACGGAGGCCUUGGCGCUCCAGUCCAUCCGAAGUAUUCGAGGAAAUGGCCGAUGCGCCGACUGCGAAGCUCAGAACCCGGACUGGGCCAGCCUGAACCUGGGGGCCCUGAUCUGCAUCGAGUGCUCGGGGAUCCACCGGAACCUGGGCACCCACCUGUCCCGGGUCCGGUCCCUGGACCUGGACGAGUGGCCCCUGGAGCUCAUUAAGGUCAUGUCGUCCAUCGGCAACGAGUUGGCCAACAGCGUCUGGGAGGCCAACGCCCAGGGCCGCCUCAAACCCGGACCUGACGCCAGCAGGGAGGAGCGUGAGCGCUGGAUCCGGGCCAAGUACGAGCAGCGUCUGUUUGUGGCGUCAUUGCCGGGCGUCGACCUCCCUCUGGGGCAGCAGCUGCUGAGGGCGGCGGCCGACGAGGACGUCCGUGCCGUGGUCCUGCUGCUCGCCCACGGCAACCGGCAACAGGUCAAUGAGACCUGCGGCGACGGAGACGGACGUAACGCGCUGCACCUCGCCAGCCGCAAAGGCAACGUGGUCAUCACACAGUUACUGAUCUGGUACGGCGUGGACCUGAUGGCGAGGGACGCCCACGGUAACAGUGCGAUGGCAUACGCCCGUCAGGCCAACAGUCAGGAGUGCGUGGACACAUUGGCGCAAUAUGGUUGCCCCGACGACCGCUUCCCCCUCAUGGCAACGCCCAACCUGUCGCGGCGCAACACCAACCGCAACAACAGCUGCAGCAGCGCUGGCAGUGCGGCUGCGCUCAUCUGACGGUGCCACCCUCGAACGCACCGCCUGGGAGAAUCUAUGACCACCACUACCUGUUAGGACUCUAAGUCCCGCCCACCUCACCUGGCAUCCGCCGCCGCUCACUCACUGAAACCCUCACAUGAGGUUGCGGGCGCUGCGUCCGUGGGAGAAAAAAACAGGAAGAACACCCAAAGCAUGCUGGGAAAUGUGGUCCACAAUCACCCGAGCUGCAGUUUUGACUGUAAUCUGGGAGUAAUCACAUGACUUGUGUCGGCCAAUGGCACUCGUCGUACCUCAUCGCACACGUUAACACUACACGGCCAGUUCCCACACCAUCAUCAUCGUCAUCGUCAUCAUUAUUAAGCAGCCAAUCAGAGCCCCCGACCCGCUUCCCGCCAAAACAUAUCGACGCAAAUGGACGCAAGACAAAGGAAACUGAGUCGAGUGGAUUUAGGAGGCGGAGUCAGGAUCACAUGACACAAACAUCAGCAGCAGCGUCGCCUGUUUUUAUUUUACUCCUUUACACGUUUUUUUAUGUGAAAAAUACGUCAACGUAGAGGAAAAAAAUGCUAUCGAGUUGUUAGCGGUGACAGUGUGAUAGUUCGCAUGUGUAGACAUUUUUGAAGUUAAUUUAAGGCGUUUUCCUGGAUUGUGUAUAUUUUAUCUCCAUGUGCAUUGCUGGACCAAUGGUAGUAAAUAUCACGAUGGGGAGGGGAGGGGCUUUGUUUGUUUUGGUUUUUUUUGCGGGGGGGUUUCGGUGUAAAAAGUCGUUAAUUGUACAGAAGCUCUCGCCAGGCUCAGGGACCGGAGACUGUCCAUCAUCACCACCAUGUUGUCUUUUACCCCAAGAGCAAAGAAUUCUGGGUAGAACUCGUCUUGGCUUCAGUGGAUUCGGACGUUUGAAGAUAGAACUGAAACGUCGCUGAUUUUAGGGCUGGAUGGUAGAUUUGAGGAUUUUAUGACAUCCAACCAAAAACCUGGAGAGAGUCAGGUUAUUGGACCGGAAGUAGAACAUUUAUUAAAAAAUAAAUAAAUAAAUAAGUGAAAUAAUGAGCGAUGUUUGGCCAUUUUCAUGAAAAAAUCCCAUUGUAUUUCAACAGUUUUUUAUUUCAGUCCAUCCAAAACUAAAUAAAGCCAAGAUGCGACUAAGAAAAGUAACCUCCAGGUACAAGGUUUGUUUGGUUUGUUGGCGAUGAAUCGUAUAAAUGUAGGACUGUGUGUUUGGUGCCGUCCAGCCUGGACUUGGGUCCAAUCAAAGGCGUCGUAAACCCAGUUCUGAACCGACGUCCUGGUCCAACGAGGUCUGAGACGAUUCAAAGGUUUUUAUUAAAAAUGGAAACCGUGAGGAGCCACGAGGAGCUAAAAGGGAAACGGAUGAUUUCACGAAAAUCUGUGGAUUAAGAAAAUUUUCUCACAGAUUUUCCUGUUUUUUGUUUUUUACGUUUUAAAGGGGAAUCGAUGUAAAAUGUUUGUUUCACAGCCAAACAUCCAAUCAGACAGUCUCUCUGAUCUGCUCAGCGAAUCACUACGAAGGGCUUCUUCUUUUUCUUCUGUGGUCGUGUAAAUAACGUCCUCGCUCUCUUUGGAAGGUGGCGUCUUGUAAAUUAGCGAACAGGAAGUCCUAGCUUGACAAGUGGAAGUGAUUGUUUUUUUAAUGUUGAAUCCGUUCAGCGCAGAAAGUUAACGUUAGCGAGUAGUGUCCGAAACCAGUGAUUCUGCAACGUUAACUCAAACCAACAGGAUUUGGAGAUCGGAAUUUGCACAAUUACGAUCCAAAAAUCAAGAGCAUUUUCAAAAUGAUGCUGUAAAAUAUCUCUGUAUGGAUCCAAAUCCAGGCCAAGAGUUAUUAAACUGAACAAAGAGCUAAAGUUUACAAUUAAAUGUUGAAUUUUGAAAACUGAAACUGAAUCUGAAGACAAUCUGCAAUUCCAACUGGACAAUUAAAAUGUUAAAAACAAAAAAAAAAAUGACAAUAAUUAUUGCAAUAAAGACAGAUUUUUGUCUUUAGUCCUGAGUGAAAAUGUAAGAAACCAGGAGUUGUUUGUGAUUUUCGGCCCAUGGCAAAAAAUUUUACAUUAUUGCAGUAUAAACUGAUAUUAUUCUAGAACAACCUCAAAUAUGAAAUCCACAUAUAAACUACUUUAAACUUAACAUGAAAAGGUGGAAAAUGUUUUAAAACAGCCACAGCUAGCAAACCCAGCUAGCAUAGCAGUUAGAAGAACUGUAGCAUCCCUUUUUAAGUCAACUAGUAUAGUUAUUUUACUUUACUGUAGCUAACAUUAGCAUAGUUGCGCUCUUUCAGCCAGCUAGCUACCUAUUUGUACUUUAACCGGUAAAAUUUAUUUGCGCUACUAUUUUUAAGCAAUAAGAAACCCACGUGAAAUUUUUAACAACAUGUAAUCACUGUUCACAACUAGCAAUUAUUGAGCUAAAUGGAACAAGCUAAUGGAACAAACAUGCUGAAAACUGGCUGAGUCACUUAGCAAUGAAAGCUAGCAUGAAACAUUUUAGCAUAGCAUCAAUAUGUGAGUAUGCUACCAGUCAAAACUUAACAUAAAAAAAUGGAAAAUGUUUGAAACAGUCACAGCUAGCGAGCUCAGUAAGCAUUACAGCAUGCAUCACUUUUUAAGUUAACAAGCACAGUAAAAACUUGGUACUAUCUAGGUUUGACAAGAAAUGAUUGCGAAUUGCUAAUCUUUACUGUUGCUGAUGGUGAAAACAGUUUGUGGCGUUUUUCUCAACAUCAGUGAAAUAAAACAUGAGCUUUUGUGUUUUAAAAAUGGAUGAUAUAGCAGUAUUAACUUACAUUAUUCUAUAAUAAGCUCAAGUAUUAAAUACAUAUGUAUAAAUGUCAAAAAUAAAUGUAUAUCGGGUGUUAUUUGUUAAUCAUAUUAGCAAAACAAUUGGCCCAGAUUUGGAUCCUGAAUUUAAGACUAAUUAUUGUAACAUUAAUUGGGCAUUUAUAUCAAAGAUAUUCCUUUGAGUAAAGAUUUCACAUCCAAAACGCUGAAGUACAAGUCGAAGCAGAGCCGAAAUGUUCCCGAAUAAUCACAAGUUACGCUAUUUCGAGCUCCAUCGUUUGGAAAAUGAGUCUUAACUUUAGCGUCGUGGAACCACUGGUGAGGACGAAUCUGAAUGUUCCAGUAGGUCUGUUUGUAUUCCACUAAAGACGGAAUGAAAAGAAGCUCGUUCCACCUCAUACAUGUGAUGGUUUUUACCGUAAACGCCUCAUCUCGCCGUCCGUCCUGUUUCCUCGCCCACGUAAACGUCGCUGCAGAGGUUGAGGACCGAGAAUCUGAGCAAUAUUCACUAAUCACCAUCACAUAUCUUAAUACUCUAAUGUCGCUGCAAUACUCUGAGUAAAUACCUACGAGAAAAAGAAAAUGAACACUACAACUUCCUUUUUUUAUGCCUUUACUUUCUUCUACUUGCGUCCUUGUUUUCCCUCGAAGUCGUCGGACGAUGGUGUUGAAUUUAUCCAAGAGGUUUGACCGCAGCCUCUGUCUAAGUGUCACUUUUAUUUGUUUUUGUGUUAGUAUUUCCUCAUCCUUUUUUCUCAUGACGAGAAUGCACUAAAUCAGCUUCAGCUUACGCGUCUUACUCCGCCUCUUUGCCCUAAUUUUCUUUGUAAUUUUCUCAAUAACCGACAUAUGCCUCUUUAUUUUGGUGACCUCCACCUGUUUCCUCUAAAGUGAUGCUUUUCUUGGUUUUAAUAAUUCAAACCAGUCAGUUCAGUUUAGCUUAUCAUAACGCUAACGUAGCUUCAGAAAAGUCAGAAAAUGUUGCGAUAAUUGAAAUGUGAAACUCCAGUACAGUUAAAGCUUGGUACUAUCUGGUUUUAUUCGCUUUAAGGCACGGAAAUUCUCCGUAGUGUGGCUAACGUUAGCAUGGCAAUACUUUGUCAGCCUGCGAGCUAGGUAGUUUUGUAUUCUAACUGGUAAACUUUAUUUGUGCGACUGUGUUUUUAAUCAGUAAGAUACCCACGUAAAAUAUUUAACAAUGUAUAAUCACUAUCCACAACUAGCAAUUACUGUGCUAAACUCGGCUAAUGAUAAAACAUGCUAAAUAUUUGCUGAGUCACUGGCAAGAAACAACUUAGCAUCAUUAUUUGAGCAUGCUACCAGUCAAAACUACUUUAAACUUAACAUAAAAUGGUGGAAAAUGUUUUGAAACAGCCACAGCUAGCAAACCCAGUUAGCAUUACAGCGUAGCGUCACUUUUUAAGUUAAUAAGUACAGUAAAAACUUGGUACUAUCUAGUUUUAAAUAUACAUAGGCACAGAAAAAAUUGUGAAUUGCAAAGCCUUAUUGUCGCUAUCUGUGAAGACAUUAGCACUGCACCAAACUUUUAUCCUGCUAGCUACCUAUAUGUAGUUUAUUCUAAAAUCACUUCUGCUGCUGCACUUCUUUCAGCGAGAAAGCCAACCUGAAUUAUUUUAAAAAUGUGAGAAGCUCCAGUCACAACUUGCAAUUAGGAAGCUAACAA